AUGCCUGAAAAACCCGCAACGGUUUUGCCCGGGCACCUUGGAAAUCUUACUGUCGAAGAGCAGGCAAAGCUACAGGAAGCAUGGGUCCAUCUCCUCCGGCUUUGCGGAGUUGAGGAGAGCGUCAAGCUUGAGACGCCAAACCAGACAAGCGAGUUCCGGGAACACCUGAGCGACAAGUCCACCGACGUUUUCCGGCAUCGGCUCUGGGCAUUCAUACUCGCAGACCACCCAGACGUUUUGGUGCUCCGCUUCCUCCGUGCCCGGAAGUGGGACGUGGAAAAGGCGGUGAUCAUGUUGGUGUCUGCCCUCAACUGGCGCCACGAGCGGCGACUGGAGGAUGACAUUGUCCUGAAGGGAGACAUCAUGGGAUUGGCUAAUACGCAAUCGGACGACGAGAAAAGCUUCAUGGCACAGUACCGGUCGGGGAAGGCCUAUGUCCGCGGUUCGGACAAGGAGAGCCGUCCUGUUUUCAUCAUCAAGGUUCGCCUCCACGACCCGAAACUUCAAUCGCCCGAAUCCAUGGAAACAUUUGUGCUGCAUAAUAUCGAGACCAUCAGGACCAUGAUGCGGCACCCAAACGAGAAGGCCUGUCUCCUUUUCGAUCUUACUGGCUUUGGGCUGAAGAACAUGGAUUUUCACGUGGUCAAAUUCCUAGUUCAAGUGUUCGAGGCGAGGUACCCGGAAUAUUUGGGCGUGGUACUUGUCCACAACGCACCGUUUGUGUUCUGGGGCAUCUGGAAGAUGAUCCAACCAUGGCUAGACCCAGUCAUCGCAUCCAAGAUCAACUUUACAAGCAGCAACAGGGAUCUCGGCCGUUUUAUUGCGCAAGAGAACCUGCAAAAAUGUUACGGCGGCCAGGACAGCUGGGAGUACAAGUAUAUCGAGCCGGUACAAGGGGAGGAUGCGCGAAUGAGGUCAGAAAAGAAGCAACAAGUCGAAACCGAUCGAACCGUGCUUCUGCGUCAGUUUGAGCAACUUUCACUCGAAUGGGUGCAGAUGAAGCCAGACUCGCCCGAUGCAACGCGGAAAGCGGCGGAGAGGCGCGAGUUGGCAGAACAGAUGCGGGAGAAUUACUGGCACCUGGACCCCUUCGUCCGGGCCAGGAGCUGCUAUGACCGCGCAGGCGUAAUCAACGAUUCCGGCGCGGUAGAUUACAAAGCCGCAAAAUAA